AGACAUGGUAUGUAAUUUGCACUGUAUAAUUAAUCUUUAAUGCCAAAGAGAGUGAUAAUACUAUUCUAGUCACUGAAGUUGUGCAUAAUUGAUCAAAUAAAUUUGGAUAAUUUAGGUUUUUAAUUUAGUCAUUGACCAUGCAGAUAUAUUUUAAUCAGUGAACAGUACAGUUUGAGAGAAACAACUUGGUUAAUGCUCAAAGGAGGAAAAUGCAUUCAUGCUGACAGGAAACGCUAACAUCUGUUUGUGUGCAAAGGGGUGUUGCUAUAGAGGCAGGUAAGGACAUUAUGAGGAAGUGCAGACGAAGCUGGUAGAGGAAGAUUCAGCCAGAAAGAGGUCAUGAGUUGGUUGGGCACCUCGGUGAAAUUCACUCUAGCUGUUGUUCUUUUUCAAAGCAAAGACUUCAUGAAUAUUACAGCAGAUCGGUGACAGGAAAAACUUGUUGCCUGCCAAGCAUUUUACCCAUCUCUCACACUUAGUGUUAAUUUACAAACCUGGGAAUAAUGCCACAAGACACUCUGGUGAGGAUUAUCUCCUAUUUGGCAACUGAAGUGACGGCCAUCAAGACUGGACAGAGUCGGGCUGAGCAGAAUCUGGUUGAACCUUUUAGGACUCGUUAAAAGAAAACCGCCUUGUAGUGAAACCACACGACCAGUCAAACUGAAUUGUAGAACUGAGUUUGUGAGUUGUGCAAACGAAGAUGCCCAUCUUAAAGCAGCUGGUGUCGGGGUCUCAGACCAAACGGCGCUCUCGUAUGGACCUCACUACUGAGAUGAUCAGCGCACCCUUGGGUGACUUCCGGCACACCAUGCAUGUAGGGCGCAGCGGGGAAGCUUUCGGAGACACCUCUUUCCUCAGCACUCGAUCUGGAGAGCCAUCCCAAGAAGGACACACCUAUCCUCGCUCUCCGAAACCGGGACUGCUGUCUCGUACCUUCCGGGGCAGCAAGCGGUCUCAGUCCGUCACCAGAGUAGACCAGCAAGACAAUACCCUCCUUCCUUCCAGUGGGUCACCUACCUUUGUGAAGAAUGCCAUGUCCUUGCCCUUUCUGAACAACGAAGAAGGACAGGAGGGAGACAAGAGGGUGCUCAAGAGCUUGACCUCCAGCCCCUCCAAUGGGGCCUCCGCUGACGCAUUGGACCUGGAGCUCCAUGAGAAGCACUUUGGGGUGUUGACAGACCUGCGGCCUUCCCCAACUUACAACGGGGGAGGAUUGAAGAAAGCUGAAUCUGUGAUGUCAUUCCAUGUUGACCUUGGGCCCUCAAUGCUGGGGGACAUCCUGGGGGUCAUGGAGAAGGAAGACGACGACCAGGGGUUUGAAGAAGGCAAGAGCAGUGAGGGACGUGCAUCUCCUCUACCCUGCAACCAGGGAGGAGUGGAAAUGGAUGAGGAAACGAGGGAGGUUGUUGUCAAAGAAGAGGAACCAGAGGGAUUCGUUGCACUCUGCGAGGGUCCCAUGAGGGCUCCCAGCUCUGUUGACUUGGAGAUCCAGAGUGAAGGCACCAGCACCCCAGAACCACACCACAAACACCUGCAUCACCUCGACAGCUGCUCAGUUUCCAGCUCAAGUUCAGCCGCAUUGGAGGAGAAACCAACCAGUGAGCCUUAUGAGGAAGAUAUUGGAGUUACCGACAACAACUGCAACCCAGACAAUGAACCAGCAUUCUCCUCCUUCAUGGAAGAUGAGGAUGAUGAGAUCCGAGUAUGAAACCCUACAAUCAGUAAACAUUUCUAAGGAUGGCGAGAUAAAUAUCUCAGACUAGAAUUUGACAAUAUGUAAAGAGGAGAAAUGCGAAGACGGUGUGUUGUAAGCACGUCAAAGCUGGACAGAUGCCUCAGGUUCCUGUAUCCCUGUAGAGAUAAGUUGGGGAGACUGCUUUAGCUGAGACACCAAAGCCAUCUGUCACACUACUGACCCAUGCUAAGAUGAGCAGCUGGAUGUGUUGAGUCCGAAAGGGACCUGCUACAAGUUCCACUGAUAGCUCUGCUAAAGAAAAGACAUACAUAAGGGAUACAUAAGUCACCGAAAUGGUAAACUUCACUUGCGCAAGCAGAUGCUGUUUUAAGCCAUUCUCCCAUAGUCCCAUGCAAGGUUCCCACAGUUGUAAGCCGGAAAUAUCAGGGAUUUUUUCAAAAUGUAAAAGUCAUGGAUUUUUUCAUGUUAUUCUCAGCUCUAAAACACUUCAUUCGUGAAAAAUUGUGUUUUGUGUUCUCUAUAAAAUUGUUAAAAAAUCCUUAUCUGGUAAUCACAAGCAACUAGAAUGGUCAUGUAAGUUCAUUGGUCAAAAGAUGUGGGAACCCUGCCCAUGACUUGGUGCCUAAAGAUAAUAGUUCUUUUGAUUUAGAGCACUAGCGUAUUAAAGUAAAUCAUAUGAUUUGUUCAGUGGCCCUCUGCAUACAGGUACUGUAUAUUUUCAAAGUUUAAAUCAGCACUCUGCCAUUGUCAUAAAAAGUUACGUCGUGUUGGGAGAGAGCUCUUACGAGAUUAACUGUUUUAUCAUACACAUUCUUGGGGUUGCAUUGUCAAAGCCCUGCAAAUAAUUUAUCUCUAGAGUACAUAUAAUUCAGUCAUGUAUCCGGUAAAUUGCCAUUUUAAAAGCUACUGUGGUUCAGAAGCUCAGGAAACGUCCUUGUGCAACUGAUUACACACCACGCAGGUCUGAGCUCGAAUGGCGAUGAUUUGAAGGUGGUGGAUGUUUGAGAACCUCUCCAGAGACUGAUCAUAGUCCACUUUUGGGAAGACUGGCAACAGGUGUCCCUCCAUCAGAUCUCAUUUUUCAGUCUGUACGUGUUUUGCAUAGUAGUUGUUUGCUCAGUAUCUUGCAUAUCUCACCACUUCCUUCCUGCUCUACAUGGCGUGUGAGGGGAACUACUGCUGUUUAUUGCUGGAGUUUUUGAUCAGUUUGGUUGUCGCUGUCAUUGAAACAUUUAAACCACUGGUUAAACAAUAUGUGUCAAGUAUAACUAAAAAGUCAGUUGUGUUAAAUCAUGUCUUCUAGUAAACAUGUCAGUUGUAUUAAUUGUGCUAACUCUGACAUUAGCAAAUUAUGGCACUGUUGAGCAAAGACACUAAAAUUCAUUGAUUCCGUUUGACUUUUUCAUUGUGUACAUAUGUCUACAUACAGUGUAUAGCAGAUGAUCAUGACUAAAAUGAGGCCUUUAUUACUGCAGACCUUCAUGUGUGAAUUAACUGCAUAGUCUGCAAGCUUGCUGUCUCUGAAUUAAGGAUCAGGCACUGUGAAGACAAGUCUUCGACAUCAAGCCUACAGUAAGAUGAGAUUUACUGGGAAAUCUCAGCUGUUUCGUACUUGGGGUCACGCCAGCCUUAAGCAGAAAAGUGCCAAAUCUAAUCUAGCAUGUACUGCCUAGUAAGCCUGACUUUUGAAUCAUUUAACAUGGUGAAUGAAUAAGGCUUUGCCUUAAUCUACUAUAUAUAGUAGUAUUCUUAGUAGCAUUUUUGUCUACAGUAAUAUAUGGUCCAAACGAUCCAUCUUUGAUUACUGUAGACAGCAUUCUGUUUCAUUUGCAUAUCCUUGUGCUAGCGGUCAAUUUUAAAUUUGGCAAGAUAAAAACAUAAGUAAAAAGAGAGAAGUCUGUUUAUUUGUGAAAUUGUGUGGCUGUGUGUGAGGUGGAUUUAACUAAGUUUAUCUUCGUGUUUUCCCUCUUUGUAAUAAUAGUGAUGUUUGUCUCGCUUAUCUUUGCAACAAUUUGUAUGUUCAUCAUGUAUAUAUUCAUGCUUGCCAGCCUUUUCAAGGCUAGAACCGCUAUAUUUUUAAAUAAAAGAAAAAGUUG